AUGACGUUGGAAGACGGCUUCCAAUUUAUCGAAGCCAAAGAAGCUAGCAAACGCUCUGCCGGCCGACUCCUAGAAGUCCAGACAACAAAUGCAGCUCUUAGCCAAUGCCGUCAGACCAAACAAGCAAUGAAAAAUCGCCAACCAGACAAAGGUGACAAAUGCCACUACUGCGGCCAAUAUGCCAUGGAAACACCACCAACAAUUCAUCAAAUCAGGGAAAACCUGCGGACAAUGUGGUCUCCCAAAUCAUCUUGGUGCGAUAUGCCAACAAAAAGAAAAACAAAGCGUCCCCCAAAAGUAACACCAACCAACCCCUCCGCUGAUGCAGAAGGCGCGAUAUUCGGACUCGCUGUGCACAACAUCCAACUGAUAUCACUGCUGCUACAGACAAAACACCCAUCGCGUUGGACCACCACCUUUACAACCACCUUAACGAUUGCUGGGUUCGUUAAGCUUCCAAACCACAACCUUUUGUCUCACUUACAGCCACAUUAUGCCCCGAAGAUUACAAGAUCUUCGAACUUGCACCCCCAACCACCCGCUGUAA